CUUUACGCGAGGGUACGCCAGGCAUCAGCAUGGCCAUGGCUGCUGUUCCUCAGGUGGUUCGUUGGCAAAGUUCCAACGGUCACCAACUCUUCUCACGGCCGAGAUGCUCCAAGAAUGACUCGCUUGGCGCCUCUCCGGUUGGCAAUGCCGCAAAGUGUUUCACGACGACGUGCUUUGGGACUUUGGCUUGCUUCACCCUCAGAUCCCUCAGACGGUCCAAGAGCACCCUCAAGGCCUUAGCAACGCAAGUUGCUUCAAAAGGGUCGGUGGCUGAGGACUUGGUGGCUAAAGAUGGCGACAUAACCUGGCAAAGAUACUCCCAGCAGGGGGCCGCGCGCGCGGCCGCAGGAGAUCAUGAUGCAGCGUUGCAAGUUGCAAGCGUUUGAAGCAGCGCGAAAAUGUUUGGAGGAAGUGGACACCAAAAGUUUGGACUAUGCUAAGAUCCUGAUGAACAUCGGUGUCAUUCAUGCUGAAACUGGUCGCUACCCAGUUGCCCUGGAAUCCUACGAGUUGGCCAAGGAGCUCUUUGUCGGCUUGAAGAGAUUGAAAUCCAAGAAUGGAGCCAGGUUGUUAGGCAACAUUGCGGUCGCCAAGUCCAAAACAGCCAUGGAUUCAAAUCCAAAUUGGGAGGAAGUGGUUUCAGCCUUCACCACUGCACUGCAGAUGUUCCAGCAGCAAGGUUUGAUGCGCUCCAAGGAAGGCGUUCGCCUGUUGAUUCAGGCAGGACAAGCGAAGGAGGAGACAGGAAAUUUUGCAGAUGCGCUGGAGGACUACAAAGCAGCUCGAGCAACCUUGGAAGAAGCUGGGGCUAUUGGCUCCAAGAUGGGCAUUGAAGUUCUUGAGAAGAUGAGCGAUGUCCAAUUCGAAUUAGAUGACUUGGAAGGUGCCGAGGCGAAUCUGGUCAUGGCCGUUGAGAAGACGGACGCCAAGGGCUUCCUGGAUUCCUUGGAAGGAGCGAAGAUUUUGCAGAAGUUGGGGGAUCUUCAAACAGAGCUCAAUGGCUACCAGGAAGCCUUGACAUCCUACCGCAGCGCCCGAGAAAUCUUGGAAGAUCGAAACGAGUUGAAGGGUUUUGCCGCCGCCUGCCUGUUGGCCAAUAUGGCUACCCUGGAAGCAGAUGCGGCUGGUGAUUCCUGUGAUUCCUGUGAUUCCCUGAAGCUGUUCGAAGAAGCCAAGAAGCUGUUCCAGGAGGCUGAAGCGCUUGAUACCGAAGAGGGGGCGGAUCUCUUGGUGAAUCUGGCAGCGCAAUGCUUGAAAACUGGAGAAGUGGAUUCCGCCCUUCAACAUCUCCAUGAAGCACGCGAAAUUUUCCAGUCGAACUUGUUGGAGGAUUCACUGGCUGGAGUGAAGUUUUGGAUGAAUUUGGGUUCAGCAUUGAUGCAAAAGGGAAUCCAGAAUGAAAGUAUCGAAAGCGUCGAGAGUGAAGCUUCCCCCGACCUCAACCAGGCGCAAGAGGCGUUCCAAGCAGCUCGAAGGGUCUUGGAGGCUGCCAAGGCCGAAGAUACCUUGCUGGCUGUUGAGCUGAGUGCUUUGACUGCGCAAGCGCACAUCAAAGCAGAGAACUUUGCAGCUGCCCUGCUCGAAUCUGAGCAGACCAAAACGCUGAUCCAAACUCAGCCGCGGCUUGGGGAGUCGGAUGCAGCGGCGCAAGUCUUCUACAAUCUCGGGUUGUGCUACGCGGAACGCGAAGAUUUCGAUCAAGCCUUGAGCUCCUUAGAGGCUUCCGUGGGGUCGCUGAGCACCCAGGGGCCCUUGUCCAGCGCCCUGGCAGCGGAGAUCUGUGGUGCGUGGGCCGAUGUUUACUUUGAGGCUGGCGAAGCCUCCAAAGCAGUUGAAACUUAUGACAUGGCGUGUCAAGCUGCGGAUGCUGCAAAUGAUAUUGACAUGGAAGAGGUUGCCUUGUUGUACACCAAGCGCGGCUUGGCCUUGGCGGAAGCAGGCGACCUGGAGGAAGCUCUGAAAGAUCACGAGCAGGCGCGCAGUUUGGCAGAAGAGCAUAGCUUUUUGCAGAGCAGUUUGGGUGCCGACAUCUUGGUGAACAUGGGCAUAGCCAAGGCCAAUGGGCAGCUUCUUGAGGAGGCGGUGGCAGAUUUCGAGGCGGCGUUGCAGGUGCUGGAGGAAACUGAGAUGCUGGACACCGAGAUGGGUGCACGAGUCUUUCAGGACUUGAGCAUUGCACAGAAGCAAUUGGGCGACAUGGAGGGAGCACAAGAAUCCGAAGCAAAUGCACGUCAAAUCUUGGAUCUUUGUGAAGACACGGAACCAGACGGUUGAGGGAUCUGUCUACCUAGUUGUGAUGACUCAAAGGUGGGAUUCCAAGUGUUUGUUUGAACGUGUGAUUCCAAUGGUCUUUCUCCAGUCUAUAACAUUAGUCGCAACAUGUUUGCGACAUGUUUUUGCGAUUUGGGGUAGUGGAGAUCUGUAGAGGUUUAGUGAGAAUUGUUUGCUUCAAACUCGCAGCCGCUGCUCUUUGCAAAAG